UCAGUGUCGCGACAACCACUUACCACAACACUUAAAAAUAUUGAAGCUAUGUACACUAGCUGAUGGUAACUAUUUGUAUUACUAAAAUUAGGGUCUAAUAUAUAAUACAUUUAUACAUACAUUAUAUGUAGCUAGUUGUUUCCAUAUCUCUUGUAUAACUUUAUACAUGUUAGUUCACUUUGGGAAAUGAUCUCCAAAGAUUUUGGGAUUCAGCUUUUCAUUUUGAUUAUGGGAAUGACUUUUUCUGAUUCCUUCAUCUUAGAGUGUCCUCCUGUAAAGGAAGGUGCAGUGGUAAAAGUCAAAGCAUAUUUUCCAGGAAAUCAUUCUCUUUUUAAAAAUGGUGAAUCAGCACUUUUCUUUUACAGAAAUAAAAGACAAAUAGGUAAUUGUGAGCUCAAUUCAAGAAAUAUCUGUCAAAAUGAAUACAAUAAUCCCAAUAUCAAAUUAACACAAAUUUAUACUGCUGGCCAAUACAUCUUUACAUUAACAUCAAGCAGUAACACAAGCUGGAGGAACACGUCAACCAGUACAUUAUCUGGUGAAACAUGGAGAGUGCGAUUAGGAAAAACAGAAAUCAAUAAAACAUGUGACAUUCAAGUCUAUGCUAUUUUUGACAAGCCAGAAUGUUUCCCUCACAUUUCAAUGGAGCAUUUUAUUUUAACAUGCUUUCUAAGAAAAGUAUUCCCCAAGGCGUUAUGUGUAUUCCAUAUUACACUGAAUAAUACUCAUAUUUUAAAAGGAAGUGUAUCCUAUAACCACGAGGAGAUUGAUGGCGGAGGCUAUUACACAACAUCCUGCACAUUUCAAGCUUCGACUAGUAUAGAAAACGAAACAUAUCAGAUCAGUGUGACUAUGUACCCCAACAUCACUGGUACAGUCAGUGAUAGAAAGUAUGGACAAAGUUUCACUUUUUUUUUUCCAGGUAAUUUUUAGUGUAUCUUGAGAAUAAAUACAACAAAUGGCAUCUUCUAUGUCACUAGAUCAACAAUUUUAUGUUAUAUUUGUUUCGUUGUGUCUAACAUGUUGUAAUGUGGUUCAUUUUAAGGAUUGUUGGAAAUGAAAAAAGAUCAACAGUGUUGUAUUGUCUGAUGUGAGAACGAGAUAUUUAGUAUUCAGUCAUUAAUUUACUACUUAACAUUUGGUUAUAAGCGUGAUGCACGAGAAAGUUUGACUAAAGUAUCUUAGUUGAAAUCUUCAAUAAUCAUUAAGUACAAGAGGGUUAAACAUAUAACUAAAGUUUAAAAUAAUAUUUUCUCUUUAUUUGGUCCACCAGUAGUAUAAAAAAAA